GGGGUCAAACAGUUGCCGGUUGAAGUGGAGGAAGAGAGAACCGGACAGUUAACAAAGACCAGCGAAGACAGUCGCAUGCUUUAUCCACAACACACUUUGGCACCGGAAUACACGAUGGAGAUGCUGUGCUGGUGGCCUCAGUGGACACUCUCACUUCUUGGGUUUAGUAGCUUGUGCUGGAGCACCUCAGAAGAUUUCUCAACCUUGCUUGAUUACGGAGGAGAGACUGGUUCCGGGAUGCUGCACACAGAUGAGGUGGACAUUCUGCUGGAGUUUUCCAUUCAGUCAUUCAACAGUCCAAAUACCUCUAUGACCAUGGAGGAUGGCAGGUGCCCAGUCCUACAGGUGGGACAGUACUCCGUCUUGGCUCGCCCUCUGACGCAGCUCUUCACUGAAGGGUUUGCUCACGAGUUCAGUCUACUGAUGCAGUUGAAGACGCCUCAGAGAGUUGAAAGCAGCGUGUUCACUCUGUUGAAUCCAGACAACCAUAUCAUGCUCCAACUGCGAAUCAGUGCUUUCACCAUUAUCCUCACUGGAGCCCAGCAACGGCACUAUGAGUUCCCCAUCCGUGAUCUGACUGAUGGGCAAUGGCAUCAUGUAGCUAUCAGUGUGUCUGGCCAACGUGUGGCAAUAUUUGUGGACUGCACUCUGCUGGAGAGUGUGGACUGGGUCAACCAAGGGCUGGGGAUCAAAACCGAUGGACUCUUCAUCAUUGGAGGCAUCAUUGAAGGCUUUGAGACACCAUUUGAAGGUCAUCUACGACAGCUCACUUUCCUGAUGAACAACCCGGAUGCUGCUCGGCAACACUGCACCCACCACCCACCAGGUUGUGGUGGGGACAUCUUCAAAGCUCUACGCUCCCAACACAACACUGCUUUGGAGAUUCUACAAUUGCCCUCAGAUGACCUCAACAACCUGAUGGGGCUUUCAGAGGAUGAAUUGAAUCUUAUCCUUCGCGGCACUCAAAAUGUGACGUGGCGACGAGGCGCUUCUCGAGGAGAUGGGACUCUGCCUUCAGGAACAAAUCGUAAAGGUGCUGUAGGACAACGAAAGGUCCUUGUUGUGGAUGAAGACACUGAAUUAUUAGAGCUGACUUCGCAAAUUGGCGGGCAAAUCAACCCUCAGUGGAAGCCUUUCAAAAGUAGACUCAAGGGAAAACAAAACAGGACGCCUGGAGUGGCCUCAAAGCAUUUUGAGGACAAUAUCACUUCAAAUAAAAAGGUUGACCCUGGUGGGAGAACGUCAUCACCAUUCCCAGGAAAACCAAGCAAUGACAUCAUCAAUCUUGACAAUAGAAAUCCUCGCAAAGACCCCGUUGUGGCAUUUACUGCUCCUCCUAAGCUUCUCUUAGAUCCCAGACCACCUUUUGACUCUACGGGACAAAUCGAGGACAUUGAUAAAUUGACCAGCUACACACAGAACAUUACACACACUCACCAUCUAGCUAAACUCCAAGUUAAACUUCCAAAUAAAAGCAAAUCUGGAACCAUAACCGUUGUAUCGAAAGAUGGAGACAUGAUCUUGGGUUCAGAUGGCAAUCUGUAUCGUCUUAAACCUGGAGCACCAGGCAGGAUGGGCCCUCCUGGACAAGAGGGCUGUGUUGGAGAACCUGGGUGGCCUGGAUUUAAAGGAGAUAAGGGUAAGAUCGGCCCUGAAGGGAGUCCAGGAAAUAAGGGAGACCGUGGACCUCCAGGACCACCAGGUUUACCAAUCCUGUAUCUGUGGAGAAAUACUGCUGAGGAAUGGGCUGCCUUCCAGCAAACCAGUUUCUACCAGAUGCUCCAUGCUGGUUGGCCUAUUAAAGAUGGUCCUGCUGGACCACCUGGAGAGAUGGGCAAGACUGGCAUGCAGGGGGCCCCUGGCGAACCUGGGGAACGUGGGCGACCGGGGGUGCCAGGAGAUAUGGGUGAACGCGGCCCCAGGGGUCCUCCUGGAAGAGCAGGGGCUCCAGGCAAAGAUGGGGAAAAUGGAGAAGAUGGUCAACAGGGGUCAAAAGGUGUUGCUGGCUCACAGGGUCCAUGGGGCUACCGUGGUGAGCGAGGUUCCAAAGGCGAAAAGGGCGAUGAGGGCCUCAUCGGUAGAAAAGGUCCAAGAGGGCAAAAUGGGGAACCUGGCGAGAAGGGUUCGGCUGGUUUACCAGGGACACCGGGUCCUGUAGGGCCCAGGGGGCCUCCUGGGAUCCGAGGUGGAUAUGGUCCAGAGGGCCCACGUGGACUUGACGGGGAGCAUGGAUUGGACGGCCCACCAGGUUUUCCGGGUCUGACGGGUGCACCAGGCCUCACAGGGCAAGUCGGUGCUCAAGGAGUUAAUGGCUCAAGGGGAGAUGUUGGCCCUGCAGGCAAUGUUGGCCGCAAAGGUCCACAGGGACCCCCGGGUUUAGAUGGACAAAUGGGGCCCACAGGACCCAGAGGGCGCCAAGGAACACCAGGACGAAGUGGUGGAGCCGGGCCAAAAGGAGAUCCUGGGCCUGUGGGUACAGUGGGGAUGCGGGGUGAACCUGGAUUUGAAGGACCAGUGGGUACACCAGGAGAGGCCGGUCCACCGGGUUUCCCUGGAGUAACGGGCAUUCGAGGAUCUGAUGGGGACAAGGGGAUUCCAGGUCCUAAAGGAGAUAAGGGUUUUCUAGGAGCAACAGGGAUAAGAGGUUCUCAGGGGGAGACAGGCCCCGAUGGGUUUCCAGGAUACAUUGGGGCCAAGGGUCCAUCUGGUCCCAAAGGCAUUGAGGGCGGGAAUGGUGAAGCGGGGAGGCAGGGAAAACAGGGGAGUAGUGGGUUAAAGGGUAACAGAGGACCAGAUGGACGAAAAGGCAAAACAGGGCCCAGAGGGAACAGGGGUCGGUCAGGACAAAGGGGACCCAGCGGGCAGCCUGGUCCACCGGGUCCGGCGGGUCACUCUGGACCAGAGGGACCAGAAGGAAAGCCUGGUACACAGGGUCCCUUAGGUGCUACUGGUCCGAUGGGUAACAAAGGGCUCAUGGGUCUUCAAGGAAUUUCUGGAGAAAGAGGUCCUGAUGGACCAAUGGGUUCGAUGGGGCUUCAAGGUUCUCCAGGACCUCAGGGCAUAACUGGAGCCCCAGGCGAGAAGGGUUUCACAGGGAGGCCUGGCACGGAGGGACCACAGGGCCCAGUUGGUAUGUAUGGGAUCCAGGGCACCGUGGGCAUGCGCGGUUUUCCAGGAGCCAUUGGAGAGAGGGGUAAGACCGGAUUGCGAGGUUUUCCUGGGCCUGCUGGGAAGCAAGGGCUUCCAGGUCUGCCAGGUUCCCCUGGAGAAAGGGGUCCCCAGGGUCCUCUGGGCCGACCUGGAGAUGAAGGACCCAAAGGGAUUCAGGGUACACCAGGUGCUCCAGGUCUCCCAGGUGAUGCUGGAGCCAUUGGAAAACCAGGGCCACGGGGAAGUAACGGGUCUCCUGGACCUCAGGGGCCACCUGGGCCUGCAGGAAUCCUUGGCCUCCAAGGUGCAGCUGGAUUAAUCGGAGCGGCAGGAGAAAGGGGAGCCAAGGGUUUACCUGGCUUAGCCGGUGAUGACGGCCCUACUGGACUUGAUGGACAACAGGGUCUACCAGGUAAUACAGGAGAUGAAGGACCACCUGGAUGGAAAGGAGACCCGGGGGACCCUGGGCCUCGAGGAAAACCUGGUCCUCCAGGACUAGCAGGAGAGAGAGGACUUGAGGGACCAAAGGGACUACAGGGUCCACCUGGACCCAUCGGAAAAGAGGGGGAUGUCGGCCAUCCUGGUGAAGCAGGAAAUCCUGGAUUCAAAGGAGAGAAGGGUGAGGUGGGACCUCAAGGCUUUUCUGGUCCUGAGGGCACUUGGGGAGAACUUGGAGAAAAUGGUGAAAGAGGCCCAAAGGGGGAGAAGGGGAAUGUAGGAUUAAGGGGUGAACCAGGUCUUGCUGGAGAAGUGGGCCCUGCAGGUCUUUUAGGGUUACAGGGAAGUGCAGGACCUCCUGGAUCCCCCGGGCCAAAGGGACUUCAAGGACAAAAGGGAGAGUGUGGUAAUACUGGAACACCAGGACCUGAAGGCUCAAGAGGCCCUUUGGGAAAAACUGGAGUGCGGGGCAUCAGAGGAGACAUUGGAAAACUGGGACCAUAUGGUCAACAAGGAAAGGAUGGCCCUAUAGGUCACCCAGGACCUAAAGGGGAACCGGGGCAACCGGGAACGAAAGGAGAACCUGGAGCCCCAGGCCCGCCAGGGCAGCAGGGAGAAGAAGGUUUACCAGGAAUACAAGGUCCUUCUGCUCUUCCUGGCUUAGAGGGAGCUCCUGGAGAGAUGGGACCACAGGGCCCUCCCGGUCGCGUUGGGAAAACUGGAGGGCAAGGAAGACAAGGACCUGAGGGCAAACAGGGCAUGAAAGGUGAAAAGGGAGAGGACGGCAAGAGUGGUUCACCUGGAAAGAUCGGUCGCAUUGGGCGGAGGGGAAAACGAGGAAAAGCUGGAAUCCGUGGAACCAGAGGCAUCAGAGGUCCAAAAGGUGAUAAAGGGGAAACAGGACUAGCAGGACAACUUGGCUGGCCUGGAACCAUCGGUAACCCUGGUUUACGUGGAGAGAAGGGUGAUCGAGGUGUUAAGGGAGGAAAGGGUGAAAAAGGUGACAUGGGGCUAUCGGGAAUAGCUGGAUUUGAUGGCACUAAGGGGAUCCGUGGACCUGUUGGGUUGCCAGGUGGAGUUGGUCAACAAGGAGAAAAGGGAAUUAUUGGUCCAUCAGGACCAAGAGGAACAUCAGGCUUGCCUGGCUUGCCUGGGACAGCUGGAUUAAAGGGUAUGAAAGGCUACCCAGGUUUCCCUGGUCUGUCUGGCAGAAGAGGUCCCCCUGGUCUUCCUGGCCUUACUGGAGCUCCUGGACCAUCUAUAAACAUAACUUUGAGAGAACUCAAGGAACUAACGUAUGUCUCUGACAAGCCCAAUUACUCUUUAAUCCAAGCUCUUCUGGAGUCUCUAGAGCAGGAGCUUCGACUAUUGAUGGAUCCUCCUGAUGGCACCAAAGAACAUCCCGCCACCACAUGUCUGGAACUUUGGCUCUGCCAUCCUGAAUAUGCUAAUGGAACAUAUUACAUCGACCCAAACCAAGGCAGCUCUGCUGAUGCUCUGCCAGCCUAUUGCAGCUUCUCUAGCUCAGCUAUACAGACAUGCCUUCAUCCUCAAGAUUCUCAGUUGCCAAUGAAAGCCUGGAUGGAGGAAUCUUCUGCAGAGGGCUCCUUUCAGUGGCUCAGUAGACUGGACCAAGGAUUUCAGUUUAUCUACCCAGGUGCCAACUUGGUUCAGAUGCGUUUUUUGAGAUUGCACAGUAGCACAGCCACGCAGAAAGUGACCUACUUCUGCCAGCCAGGACAUAAAUUGGGCCCGUCUGAAAGUGACAUCAAAUUCCUCACUGACACAAGAACGCAAAGUUUCCUUGGAGCAAUUCAAGAUUGUGUGCCUGGAGAGAAGAUGGUGUCAGGACCCCGGGAGUCGGUGUUUGAGUUUGAGGACCUCCACCUACUUCCUGUGAGAGAUGUGGCACUAUUGGGUGGUAGAAACUUUACACAUCGAUUUGGCUUCAAUGUUGGACCCAUUUGUUUCAGUUAGAAUAACUUGUCCGCUGAAGACUUUCAGGUCAUGGAUGCAAACACAGAUGCCCCUUUUUUUGUCUUGGGGAUAUCAUUUGAUGCUGAAUGACUGCUGUGUGCUCAGGCUGACAAAAAAAGUACAUUGUUUACAGAUGCUUACAUGAUGUAAAUAGGGCUCUGAUUACAGACAUUGUGUAAAUAAUAAUUAUCAACUUCCACAUAGUGCCUUGCUGGAAAAUAGUCACUGGUGAACUUUUCUGUCUCUUUUCAAGGUGCUGAUAAAAGUUUAUUUAUGAGUUCCACAUGCAUUUAAUCCAUCCAAAACCUUAUGUGGAACAUUUCGGUGCUGUCUUUUGUCAGGCAUACAAUGAAUUGUUUCAUGUGUUUUAAGUUUUCAUUUAAAUAUUUCUCAGGUUGGGUUUGGGGAUUUUGUACGCCUGGGCCCUGAAUCCACUUUUGUUCCCACGUCACACCAUAUUUUAACUUAAAAUGGGACGGUUUUCAAAUUAUUAUGAGAGAAGUGACAUUCAGGUGGCCAUUGUCGCAGAACAAAUCUAAGUAACCAUAAGUGGAAAACUUUACAAAUGUUUAUUACCUCAUAAUAGCUUCCCUAUUUCCUUUUGGUUUUGUUGAUGGUUUAGUAAAUACUUUUUGAUUGGCCUUAUUCUAGACCUCAAAAAUCAAUGAUCAUAUCAAAAUAUGUGGUGCUGUGCCAAAUAAUGUGUUUUUAUCUACUUGCUCAGUAAAUAAAGCCAGCGUGAACAUUC